AUGAGGUCAUUAUUGUUAUUAGCGGCGGUUUGCUGCUUAUUUAUUGCAGCGAACUGUAGCCCUAUCCCCAAGGCCGAAGAGGAACAGGCGAAGGAGGUAGGAAGGCAGGCCGCACAACCAGCGCCGGCUCCCGCUGCAUCUGACGAUGAUGACGAUGACGAAGACGAUGAUGAUGACAUUGGUGAUAUAGCAGGCGACGAUGAUGAUGAUGAUGACGACGACGAAGAUGAUGAGGAAGACGAAGCAGAAGACGAUGAUGAUGAAGAUUACUUGGAGAGGUUCUUCGACGAUAUAUUAGGAGGUGGUGAAGAUGAAGACGAUGACGAUGAGCCCGCAGCUGCACAGCCAGUUGUAGCUGCAGUCGAUACUGUGGCCGCUGCUCCAGCCCAAGCUGCAACCGCUUCAGUAGAAGAAGCUGCUGCUGCUUCAGAAGAAGCGGAAGCAGUCGAGGGCGAGGCCACUCCAGAAGGCGAGGAACCAGAAGCUGGACAAAAGGAACCCGCAAGUGCGGAAGUAGAAACACCCGCCGCCAGUUCAGAAGUCGCUGCAGCCGCUGAAGCCGACGAUGACGAUGACGAUGAGGAAGAAAUUACAGAUGCCUUCGAGCCAGAAGAUGAUGACGAAGAUGACGAUGACGAAGAAGACGAAGAUGACGACGACGAAGACGACGACAUUUCCGACACCUUCGCGAGAAAUAUAUCCGCCAAGCAUUCACGAGCGCUGACAGAUGAGCCAGCCAAGAAACAAGCACCAGUGCCUGCAGUGUAUAUAGUGAAAUACAAUAAAUUCGUUGACAACAUCCUUGAGAAAAUGAACGACAUACUAAGACGCUCCUACGAUCCAGUGAACGUCAAGCUCCAGCCAAUUGACGCCAGUAAAAAUAGUUCAAAGGACAAGAAGAAUAAAAACAAGAACAAAUCAAACAAAAAAAAGGGACCAACGAAAAAGAAGAACACAGCCCGCGGCGGCGUUACAGAGAAUAAAUCCGAGAUCGAGCGACUGGAAGAAAUCCAACAGAACAAGAUAGACGAAAUGGAAAACGGACAGAAACUAAACACGCUCAGUGAAAACCCAACAGAAAUGAGAGCUGUUAAAGAGAAAUCUGGAAAUGAAAGUGGAAAAGCGAAGCCAGCUACGACGAAGCCAAAACAGCCCACUAAGGCAACUAAGCCUAAACCGAAACCGCCGGCGAAAGCUCCGGUGAAGAAUACCAAGAAACCUUCUAAGAAUAAGGUGAAAAGCGGGGAAAAGAGCAAGCCGAGAGCUAAGGGCACUUUGUACGGCCUUUCUUCUUUGAGGAGAAGUGGCGACGUCGCUGUUAGUAUUAUGACUAACCACACAACCAUUAAAAGCAAUUUUGCAGUAGGCCCACUUAUCCUCCGAGUCGAAAAGGAAGUCGGCCGGGGCGCUAAAAAGGAACUCAAGUCAGCGACAGCUACAACCGCUGAGAUGAACGGUAAACUGACGCUAAGGGUCAACAAUCAAGGAGUUGCGACUUUACACUCCAUUAAAGUUUUACAGCCAAAACAAGUUCGCGUUGACAGCAACCACGAGAGAACCCGUGAGCUGGUUUGGCAAAGGAGUGCCCGAAUCGCUCACGUUGUCUCCGAAAAGUUAAGAUCUGCAUCUAAGCCUAUGUUUCUGCGCCAGAGUGUCGUUAGGCAAUAA